GGUUGGUUAUCUUUUCUUAACACAGAAGGAAAACAGAAGGAAAGUGUGUGGGAGCUGAAAAUAUAAGUCAAAAUGGGGGUAAAUGGAGGAGGAGAACACUACAGAGUGGUAUGUCCAUGGUGUAAGAACUGAUGGAUUUUUCCCAGAGAUAGAUAAGGGGAAUGCCCACAAAUGGAGAAAAGGCCUGUUGGUUGAUGCAUCACUUUUGCACCUUAACUGCCACCCAAAGUAAGGCAGUGCAGACUACUGGAGAGCUAAAUUCACACAACAGAUGUGAACACAAUAACCCACAAAGAUGCUCAAAUGAAGAAGGACUUCAGUUUGGAGAGGAUGAAGAGGAGAAGACUGUGGAUGUGAGCUACAGCUCCCCAUAUCCUCCUGGAUGCACUGAAAACAUGACAACACAUCAGAAUGGUUGUGGAAAUGGCACAUCUGUUACCUGCAUAUUAAUGGAUAAUAAAGAAUCCAGGAACAAUGCUACUUCUUUAUGUCACAGUGGUGGAUGUGACAUGAGCAGUAGCUGUGAAAAUGAAAGCCAGGAAGAUAAAGCCAGCCCUUCCAAAAUCAUGCGUUUUUUCUCCACUCCUCGGAAAAGAUGUGUCUCUAACGUGGAAAGACCUCAUUCUCUGAUAGUAAUGGGAAACUCCUCAACCUGGAAUGCUUUGUCUUCCAUUAGGAAAAUGGGCUCUUUCAAGAAAUUAAAAUCUUCAGUUCUUCAAGGAAUUCCAGGAAAGGAGGACUUGGACAACUUAAAUGACAGCAUGCCGGAGAACAGUAUCCGAAAGCAUGUCCCAAAUAGUACUGUGGUGAGAGUUCAGACAAACCGGUAUUCUUAUUCAGGGCCCCUGCAUGACUUUCAGGGCACAACAGAUAAUACUUUGGUUUCUGAUAAUUCUGAUGGAGAGGAAAGUGACGAUUCCUUCCUGAGAAACACGCGUCGAUCACGCAGCAUCAGGCGUGCCUAUGGGAUUGGUCGUAUAAAUUUAGUAGACACUGAUAAAAUUCAGGACAGUGCUAGGACAGUAUCUCCUGUUGCCCAGGAACCACAGAUUUGCGAAAUAGUAGUGAAAGAUUCCGAAAGCAGCAAAGUCAUCUACAGGAGGAGCAAGAGCACAGAUAACUUGAACUUUUUGAAGAAGAGUUCAUUCAAAAGGAAGUCAGCCUCAAACCUCACUGAGGUGGUAAAUGAGAAGCAAAUUCCACUGAGGACAAUAAGCACUUCUUCAGCUGACUCAGACAAAACCAAUAGGAACUCAGAUCGGAGAUCAAAACGCUGGAAAAGUCCAAUUAGAGCAAAAGAUUUUGACAGAGUUUUGAAACUUGUCAGCAAUGUCACUGAUGUUACAAUGAAGAAAGACAGUCCUAACAGUGAAAUUCCAUCUUCCGGCGAACAAAACCAGAGAACAAGACCAAACAGUCGGCUACAUGAUGAUUAUUCACGGCGGGUUUCUAGCAGCACUGAAAGUGACAGGCGGAAGUGUCCACCUCCCAGAUGUAAUGCAGAUUCAGCCCCUUCCAAAUCUAGCACCCAGAGUUCUGAAGAUGACAGUCUUGGGAUUAUUACUGUGUUAACACUUGAGGAUAGCAGCCAAAGGAUAUCAUCUGGUGAUCUCUCAGACUCUGUUUGUUUAUCUCCUCCACUCAAGGAUGCUGGAAUGGUUCCUAAUGAAGUUUUUUAUGAAGACUCUGGUGGGCCCCAAAGUUCCAGUCAGUCUGCUUGCAGCACUGAACAUUCUAUUGUCCCUGUUAAACCUGUGGUCCCCAAGCCUCAGAGCCCUAAUGCUGAAAACCUGAAGUGCAAUAUGGAUCUCCAUUGUCCUGACCAUCACAGCACCUUGUCGCUCAGCUCAAUGGAAAGUGAAGAAAGGGGGGAGGGGUCUUCUGCCAAGCUAGAGAAGAGCCCUGUUUGCUUCCAUGACUCUGUGCAGGCUGUGUACUAUGAUGAUAUGAAUGAAGACAGUGGUAUUAGCAGCCACUCUCAGCUGAGUCUCAAUUUGGUUCCAAGUGCUGAUGAGAAGAAAGAAGAGGUUGUUUCUGAUGAUCACUGGAAGAAGCCCCAAGAUGAAGAAAGAACAGAUGCUCCAAGAGUCGCCACUAGAAGAUGGGGCUCUGGAAAAAGAUCUCGGCCUCGACCCCUCUCAGAUUAUGGUCAGCUAUCAAUUAGGAGCUUCUCAAUCCCAGAGGAUUCCAUUGCUGUGGAGUCUCAGCAAGUGGACUGUGUGGAUGAUGACAGUGAGCCUAGAUCAUCUUUAGAUGAACCAGGAACCUGUGCAGUAGCCAACCAAAGAGGACGCAAAAGAAGACCCAUCUCUGUCAUUGGUGGGGUCAGUUUCUAUGGGACCAACCAAACAGAAGAAAUAACAGAUCUCCUUGCACAACCAGUUGCACGUCCUCCAGUACCAGCUCAUCAGGUUCCUCCUUACAAAGCUGUCUCGGCCAGAUACCGCCCUUUCACCUUUUCUCAAAGCACACCCAUUGGCCUGGACAGAGUUGGAUGUAAGCGACAAAUGAGAGCAUCCAGCGGUGCUGCAGAUGGUGGUACUGAGUCUUCUGCUUUAGUGGAUGACAACGGUAGCGAAGAGGAUUACAGCUAUGAGGAGCUUUGCCGACCCAAUCCUAGGUACCUGCAACCUGGAGGGGAACAGCUAGCCAUUAACGAGUUGAUAAGCGAUGGGAGUAUGGUCUAUGCAGAAGCACUCUGGGAUCAUGUGACCAUGGACGACCAGGAAUUAGCCUUCAAAGCUGGGGAUGUCAUCCAAGUCCUUGAAGCUUCAAACAAGGAUUGGUGGUGGGGAAGAAAUGAAGAGAAGGAAGCAUGGUUUCCAGCUAGCUUUGUCAGGUUGCGGGUCAAUCAGGAAGAGCUUGCAGAAAACUGUCAUAACCUCCAAGAUGAAGAACCAAAUGCAGAUCCUGGAAAACACCGCCAAAAAAUGGCAGAAAACAAGGAUCAGAUGAGAACGAAUGUCAUUCAGGAAAUAAUGAAUACAGAGAGAAUCUAUAUCAAACAUCUCAAGGACAUCUGUGAGGGGUAUCUUCGACAGUGUCGUAAACACACUGGGAUGUUCACAGAAGCCCAACUAAACACCAUAUUUGGGAAUAUUGAAGACAUUUACAAAUUCCAAAGAAAAUUCUUGAAAGAUCUAGAGAAGCAGUACAAUAAAGACGAGCCCCACCUAAGCGAAAUAGGAGCCUGCUUUCUUCAGCAUCAAGAAGGCUUUGCCAUCUACUCUGAAUAUUGUAACAAUCAUCCCAGUGCCUGCAUUGAGCUGUCCAAUCUGAUGAAACAGGGCAGGUAUCGUCAUUUCUUUGAAGCUUGCCGUCUCCUGCAGCAAAUGAUUGAUAUUGCUAUAGAUGGUUUCCUUCUCACACCUGUUCAGAAAAUCUGUAAAUAUCCUCUGCAGCUUGCGGAAUUGCUCAAGUACACUACUCAGGAACACAGUGACUAUAAUGAUAUAAAAGCAGCUUAUGAAGCCAUGAAAAAUGUUGCUUGCCUGAUCAAUGAACGUAAACGAAGGCUAGAAAGCAUAGACAAAAUUGCUCGCUGGCAAGUGUCUAUUGUCAACUGGGAGGGGCAAGACGUUUUAGGCAGAAGCUCAGAGCUGAUCCAUUCAGGAGAACUGACCAGAAUCUCUAAGCAAGGCAAGAGCCAGCAGAGGACUUUCUUCCUCUUUGACCAUCAGCUUGUGUUCUGUAAAAAAGAUCUACUGAGAAGGGACAUGCUGUACUACAAGGGACGGUUGGACAUGGAUGAAAUGGAAGUGCUGGACGUCGAGGAUGGCAAAGACAAGGACUACAAUAUCAAUGUAAAGAACGCUUUCAAAAUUGUAAAUACUGUCACAGAAGAGGUUCAUCUGUUUUGUGGGAAGAAGCCAGGGGACAAGAAAAGGUGGAUGGAAGCCUAUGCAAAUGAGAGGAGGAGAGUGCAAGAAGAUAAAGAAAUGGGAAUGGAGAUCUCUGAAAACCAAAAGAAGCAAGCCAUGCAAAACGCACGGAGAUCAAGGCAUGGAAAGAUGAAAGGUGUCAGCUACAAUGGGUGCCCAGUGCCACCGCCUCAUCAGGGUUUACAUCCUAUCCAUCAGCGCCACAUUACAGUGCCCACCAGCAUUCCGCAACAACAGGUCUUUGCUCUGGCAGAACCAAAACGGAAGCCAUCCCUUUUCUGGCACACUUUUAACAAACUGACCCCAUUCAAGAAAUGAAUGGCUGGAAGCCUGUGGACUAGAAGGUUGUAUGGUAAACAAGAGCCAUUUGCCACUAAAGAAUUUGUUUGUCCAUCCAGAAGACUGUGAAUUCUGUUCUGGAGGGAGGUUCUUAGGAUUCUCCUAACUUUCUGCCAUAACCUUCCCGGAGAAGGAUGAAGUACAGGCCGUUCUGUCCUGGGGAACCUGCCUCAAGGGCACCUUGCAGCAGUUCUAGAGCUGUAACAUACUGUUUAUGUUGUAUUGUACCAAAGGAAUGGUUAAAAUCUGAAGGUCAUUUUUGCCUGUCUUAAUAAUGAUUGAUGGCCAAAUUUAGAAACAGGAAGGAAAGCAAUUUUUCCCCCUGCACAGCAUGUUGGGAAAGAAAGAGAUCUUCUGUGAGCACCAAGCAGACGAGUGGAUCUCAAGCGAUCAGGUUGCUGCUACUGCAAGAACUGCUGAAGCCGAAUCUUUCCUGUUUGUCUUAGUUUGCUGUCUUUUUCUGUUAAUUUAACUAUGUGGGAGUUGGACUUCCUGCAAGGCCUUAUUAUCUUUCCCAUAAAAUGGGGAAAACUGAUUAACAUUGUGAC